GAUAAAUUUACCUGUACCUAUAAACCUCCUUAUCUGUUAAAAUUCAGCGCCAGGUAGAAACAUGAGGUGCUAAAAAUGUCAAACUAUUGCCAUUUUAUAUUUCAAAAAAAAAAGAUAUAUUGUCGUGGAUUAUGACUAUGGCCAGGGGUAACCAGCGUGAAUUAGCAAGAGAAAAGAACUUGAAGAAGCAAAAUGCUCCAAAGAAAAAAGAUGACAUGCCACUAGAAAAGAGAAAAGCGCGAGACACUGCGGCCCUUCAGCAGAAACAAAAGGCUCCCAUCAACUCCCACGAGACGAAAGUAGAAAAAAGUUCACGGAAAAAAGCGAAGUGAAAAUUCCGCUACAAAAAAAUUUAAUGUGAAUUCAAUAUUCCGGAAACAAUUAUGUAAAUUAUUUAUCUAUGAAGGUUAACAUCAUUAUAAAAC